AUGUUCAAAUUCGUUCUCUUUACCUCGCUUCUCGUCGCUGCUUGCGUCGCUCGACCGGGAUUUCUUCAUGAAUCUAGAAAGCGACGCGCCGUCGGAGAUGUUCUAAAAAAUGCUGCGGAUCAAAUUCAAAACGUGCCGACUGAAACGCUCCACGAGGUGGUGAUGCUCGGGAAUUUGGACAAUGUCGCUGAAGUAGUGCAGCACGAGAUCGGAGCCAACGCAAACUUCAGCAAGAGCUUGCUUGCCAUCGUUCGCAAUCCAAAUUCCACUCGUGCCGAAAUCAAAACGAAGCUUGAUGAAUUGAUUGCUGAGCAACCGGCGACGGCGAAGGCUAUUCUUGAAGAUGUUGAGAAAAUCGCUGAAAACCGUAUUCAACAAGUGAAAGAACGUGUGGUCAAAGUCGUUAAUGAAUUGCCAAAAAUGGCAAACCAAAUGAGCGCCAUCAUAAACAACUCUUCGUUGACGAUUGCUCAGAGUGUCAUCCAAGCUCGUGAGAUCGAAAGUCAUUAUGAUGCUGCUACAAAGCGUGCUUACAAGGCCAUGAUUGCUUCAACACUUCUCACCGUCUUCGAAGAAGCUGGCGAUCUUGAUGAUGCUUCAAUCAGCGUCGGAUUUGUUGAGCCU